AAACCUUAUAAUGCAUUUCGUUUUGAUUGCGUUUUAGUAUCGCAAAUCACAGUGAGUGAUCCGUGAAGAAAUUUAAUAACCUAUAAAGUUACGGCGGGUCAAGAGCCUAUCUUGGGCAUUAUAACGACAACUAUACACUAAUCCGCGGGGGUUUCGAGCUUCUUUAUUUUAUAGUUGAUAUUAGAAGUAAAAAAGGUAUGAUCGUUUUAGUAUUAAGAAUUACUGGGAUUAUCCCUUAAGACGAAAUCAUGGUGGAGAGUUGGCCUGUAUAUGAGAAGGGUCAGGGCUAUAUACGACCAGCGAAGACCGCCCUAGUCUGUAGUGGAGCCGUCGCUGAUGCUAGCAACAGAGAACAGAAACAGAUACACACCUGGGGAGGAUUUUCUUUUAAAAAAAUAACCAGCGCCCUUAGCAUGUCCCGCAGGCUGUCUAACUUCCCGCGGAGUGACGCCUCCACGCCGGGCCGGAAGGCGAGGGGGUCCAUAGCGGCAGCAAAGUUCUACCACACCAAGACAGGGUCCGGACAAAUCAACGAUCCUGGGGGAGCAUUGGAGAUCACUUCUCUUGGUGAGCGCUCAAACGACAUGCCGAAAAAGUCAUACCGGAUAGAGAAUACCUACAAACUGGAACCAGAUGAGGACAAGGUUUUCCGAGUUUGUGAUGUCGAGAAACUUGCUGAAGGCGUGUUAGCGGAGCACUUGUCUAAGGUUGAGUACGAUCCAGUCACGUGUCGUGACGUCAGCCAGACAGUCGCCAUUGACAUCCUUGAGAGAGUGAAGCAGAUGGGAUUCAAGCGGUACAAGAUCAUCACCAACGUCAGCAUCGGGUCUCUCCGGGAAAAGCCCGGCAUGCAGUUCGGGAGCCGGUGUCUGUGGAACAAGAACACGGACAACUUCGUCAGUGUGAAAUACUCUAACACCUCUAUAUUCGCCGUGGCCAUGAUCUAUGGUCUGUAUUUUGAGUAAUGUAUUCAGACGGUGCAUCUUGUCAGUGUAAGCUUUGAUUUAACAAUCACACUGCCAGAUCUAUCUUGCCAAAUGGACUCCAAUCACGUGCUCUUACUAUUAUUCCAAAGUGUUUUGUGUAGUGUCUGCAUGUAUAUGAUGGGUUUUUGUUGGUUUGCUAGUGUUUUUGUACAACGCCAAAAAUUCUUGUUGAAUCAUUAGACAAUGGUUCAAUAAUAAACAUGUAUACAUUCA